AUGGCAGCUAGGUCCUCACUAAGUCAACAGCAACAGCAGCAAAAGACGCCGGCUAUUGUCCCCGAGAUUGUGUGGGAACGACAACGUCUGGACUACAGCAGUGAUGUUGGUGUUUGGGUGCCUGCUGAAUUCGACCUCGUAAAUAGGAUUGCAGCUUACACGAGCUGCAAUUGUGGAGAUAUUGGACAAAAUAUUGCCGAUGUGGUGCCGGCGCGACUACUGAACAAGCCGCACUUGUGGAUAUCGGACUGGGAGGUGGAUUACUCCCUCCCGCACUGCGAUGAAGAAAGGUGGGUAUAUGCAUCCUCGCACGUAGAUUUUGGCAAGCUGGAGGAGCCUCAUGUGCAUCGAGAGGAGGCAGUGAAAGGUGGUGAGCUCAGUAGAACUGCCAAAAAGACUGAAAGGAACUACUGGACUGCAGCACGGUUCUACACAAAAAGUGGUUGCCUACUUGUCAUGACUGUGAAGGAAGGUGCUGUCCCGAUUUACUCAAGUAUUGAACGAACUGGAGGAGGAUCGAGCUCAAUACGAGGAUUUUAUGGCUCAAAUCUGCAGACAAAGGGCGGGCAUCAGCACGAACAUUGUGCGAUGAUGGAGAUUACGAUACCGAUGAGUGGCACAUUGACCCAGAGCUUUGCGCUUUGGAGGAGGAAGAGCGGCAACUAA